AUGGCUACCACCGCAAACAUCUCGAAAAAACGCAAAUUUAUUCGUGAAGGUGUUUUUCAUGCUGAACUAAAUGAAUUUUUCACACGUGAAUUAGCCGAAGAUGGUUAUUCAGGUCUUGAAAUUCGUGUAACACCACAACGCACAGAAAUUAUCAUUAUGGCAACUAAAACCCAACAAGUACUUGGUGAAAAAGGUCGUCGUAUUCGAGAAUUAACAUCAGUUAUUCAAAAACGUUUUGGUUAUCCAGAAAAUUCAAUUGAAUUAUUCGCCCAAAAAGUUGUUACACGUGGUUUAUGUGCUAUAGCUCAAGCAGAAUCAUUACGUUACAAACUUAUGGGUGGUCUUCCAGUACGACGAGCAUGUUAUGGUGUCUUACGUUUUAUAAUGGAAUCAGGUGCUCAAGGCUGUGAAAUUGUUGUUUCGGGUAAAUUACGUGGUCAACGUGCUAAAGCUAUGAAAUUUAUCGAUGGUUUAAUGAUUCAUUCGGGUGAUCCAGUUAAUGAUUAUGUACAAUUUGCUGUACGACAUGUUUUAUUACGUCAAGGUGUACUUGGUAUUAAGGUUAAAAUAAUGUUACCACAUGAUGCAAAAGAAGGCAAAGGUGUUAAAAAACCAUUACCAGAUCAUAUUCAAAUUGUUCAACCAAAAGAAGAAACACCUAUUACACAACCAUAUUCUGAACCAAAAGAAAGAAAAAUAGAACCAUUACCUCAACAAAUGGUUCAUCCACAACAAUUACAACAACAACAAUUACCACCUCAACCAGCACAAUUACAACCAGGAGCACCAGGCAAUCUUGUUUAUCAAUAA